UCCGUAUUUCCCCUUCGCCCCAUCUGGCUCAUUUACAGGUUAUGUUUACUACUGGCGAAGGAGAGGCACAGAGAAGGGGAUCCUAAGGGACUGAACAAUUUAGGCCUACCUCUAUCGUAGAGUAAAAUAUCGACAUUAUAUUUUGAUGUUCUCGUUGUGCAAUAACCGUGUGGUCAUUUUGGAAGGAGAUAUCCAUCAGAGGUUAAGUCACCCGAAACGCCUUUUAUUAUGAAGAAAAAUAGCAACUGACUAACGAAAGAGCAACAGCGAAGUCUGACAGUUGACUGGAAUCGAGUUUGCGGUUUGAUAUUCCCCCCUCCCCCCGAUUCAGAUUAGUUUUAUAUUACUUGAAGUUGUAAACGACAUAGUAAUCGUUAGUAUUUUUGCGUUCAUGCAAGAAGAUAUGUUUGUGAGAGACAGCAGGCAUGAGUAGUGAGUGACCCGUGGGUUUCGUUGCUGUACGCCACGCUUGCUUUGCAUGAACCUGAAGUUGUCAAAAAGCGAAGCUACAGAAUUCAAGGACUGUGUUGCACUUUUACAAGCUGCGCUUUAGGUGUUCUUUCAAUGCACGGGAAUAUAACAUGUAUUUAGUAACUAGAUACAUCCAUAGCGAGUGUUACCGGAAGCGUAAUUCAAUUGAGAGUUGAUAGCUUUCAAAUCGCAUCAAACUUUGUGGCCUCCUGCCCAUUCAGCUAACGGUACCGUUAGCCAGCAGCUAGCUAACGUUUACUCCCCCUUUUCCUCUGCGACGCUAGAGACGCUGCGGAUUGUAUCAAAAACACUUGAAAAGAAGACUCAAUGCGAUGCCAUUUAUUGCAAAGUGAGACUUUAACCUUUUGUUUAGCCACAAUGAUUCUCACGGUUGCGUUUGUUUGUGGCGAUUUUGAAUAUCCCUCGGACCUGUGCAGUUAACUAGCUGAAGCUAACCAGUAAGUUAGCUCGCUAACUAGCUAAGUUAGCUAGUAGUGAACACGUUGGACCCUCCGCCCAUUUUUCCGGGAUGAGCGUUUUUAUAUAUUUUCUGUUUACCUGUGGUUUAACUAACAAACCAAAACGACAGCUACACCUUGCCAGCUAAUUUUAAUCGAGUUGACUCGGAUUCUUCCCCGGACAGUUACUGUCUACUGUGUUUUUUAGUCGGUCUGAUAUUGACUAGAGUUGAGUCAAUAUGUGUCCGCGGACUUUCCUUGUGUUUUUGGUGACUGCUGUCUACGUAUGGAAUUGUCAGCAAACAAAUGGAGAAAGUACAGAAAUCUCCAAUGGGAUCUGCUCCAGUAAGGACAUCCGGAACAACGUGACCAACCUGCGCUCCCUGGAGAACUGCACGGUCAUCGAGGGCCACCUGAAAAUCAUCCUCAUGUUCAAGACCAAGCCUGAGGACUUCAGGGGUGUCAGUUACCCAAAACUGACCGUGGUCACAGACUUUCUGCUCCUGUUCAGGGUCUACGGUAUGGAGUCUCUCAAAGACCUCUUCCCCAACCUCACCGUGAUACGAGGAAACAACUUGUUCUUCAACUACGCUCUGGUCUUCUUUGAAAUGCUGCAGCUCAGGGAUAUCGGUCUCCAUAGCCUGAUGAACAUCACACGAGGAGCGGUGAGGAUCGAGAAGAACCCGGACCUCUGCUACCUCUCCACCCUGGACUGGUCCAAGAUCCUGGAUACGGUGGAGGACAACUAUAUUGUGUCAAAUAAGAAUGACAGGGAGUGCGGGGAUGUGUGUCCUGGGGCGCUGGCCAAGGGGAAGGCUACCUGUCAACAGACCACCAUCAAUGGGAACUUCAACGAACGUUGCUGGACGCACAAGCACUGCCAGAGAAUGUGUCCCACCAGCUGUAAGCACCGGGCCUGUACCAGAGACCACCAAUGUUGCCAUGAACAGUGUCUGGGAGGCUGCUCUGAGCCCCACAACAGCAGCAGCUGUGUUGCCUGCAAGAACCUCCAGCACCAGGAGGCCUGUGUGGACCGCUGCCCGCAGGGAUACUACACCUACAGGGGCUGGCGCUGCGUCCCCUUCUCCUUCUGCCAGGACCUCCACAACAAGUGUCAGCAGAGCAAGAACAGCGACUGCCACCAGUUCGUCAUCCACAAUGGAGCCUGUAUACCAGAGUGCCCCUCCGGGUAUACUACUGUAAACUCCUCCACGUUGGUCUGUACUCCGUGUGCUGGGCUAUGUCCUAAGGUGUGUAUGGGCCUGAAAAUGGUGGACUCUGUGACAGCAGCCCAGGCUCUGAGAGGAUGCACCGUGCUCAACGGCAGCAUGGAUAUCAACCUUAGAGGAGGAAAUAACAUAGCAGCAGAGCUGGAGGCUAACCUUGGACAGCUGGAGGAGAUUACAGGCUUCCUGAAGGUCCGGCGCUCCUACGCUCUCGUCUCGCUCUCUUUCCUCCGCAACCUACGGGUCAUCAGAGGGGACACACUGAUGGACGGGGGCUACUCGUUCUACGCACAUGACAACCAGAACCUGCGUCAGCUGUGGGACUGGACCCAACACAACCUGAGCAUCCUGCAGGGACGCAUGUUCUUUCAACUCAAUGCUAAGCUCUGCAUGUCAGAGAUACGCAAGAUGGAGGAGGUGACGGGCACCAUGGACAGGCAUACCAAGAACAACAUCGUAUCGAAGACCAACGGAGACCAGGCCUCCUGUGAGAACCAGGAGUUAAGGUUCACUCAUACGCGUGCUACACAUGAUAAGAUCAUGAUCAAGUGGGAACCGUUCUGGCCUCCCGACUUCAGAGACCUGCUGGGCUUCAUGGUCUUCUACAAGGAAGCGCCUUACCCCAACGUGACAGAGUUUGAUGGCCAGGAUGCGUGUGGUUCCAACUGGGUGAUCAUUGACCUGGACCCCCCGGCCCGGGCAACAGAAGGAAACGCACAACAGGAGCCAGGUACCUUGAUCUUGGCUUUAAAGCCCUGGACGCAGUACGCCAUCAUGGUCAAGACCCAGCUCUCUGCCUCUGAUGAACACCAGGUCCUCGGGGCCAAGAGCAAGAUCACCUACGUCAGGACAGAUGCCACCAAGCCCUCGGUGCCCCUGGACCCCAUCUCCUCCUCCAACUCUUCCUCUCAGAUCCUCCUGAAGUGGAAACCUCCCACGGAUCCCAACGGGAACAUCACUCACUACCUGGUGUACUGUCAGCAGCAGCCCGAGGCCAGCGAACUCUACAAGUUCGAUUACUGUCAGAAAGGUAUGAAGCUGCCUUCGCGGGUGCCCACCCAGGUCGACAGUGACGAAGAGGCUAAGUGGAACCAGACUGAGGAUGAGGGUCAGGGUGGCCGCUGUUGUGCCUGUCCCAAAACAGAGAAACAACUGAAGAAAGAGGCUGAGGACUCAGAGUACCGCAAGACCUUUGAGAACUACAUCCACAAUGAGGUCUUCCUGCUCAAAUCAACCAGACAGCGCCGCUCAGCCAUGGGUGUAGCUAAUGAGACGCAGCCUGCGUUCGUGACAAAGCCCCCCACCCUUCCAGAAGGUUACUCCACCAGCGGCCCAGACGAUGAUGAGGAUGGUGCGGAGAGCACUAAGAUCCAGCUGACUGUGUUCUCCAAGGAGUCCACGGUCAUCUCCGGCCUCCGACACUUCACCUCGUACCAGAUCGAUGUGUUGGCCUGCAACCACCCCACAAACCCGUCACGCUGCAGUAUGGCAGCCUUCGUCUCAGCUCGCACCAUGCCUGAGGACAAAGCAGAUGACAUCGUGGGCCCCAUCAGCUAUGAUGUGUCUGAGUACUCUGUUCAAAUCAAAUGGCUGGAGCCUAAAGCUCCCAAUGGAAUGAUCAUCCUGUACGAAGUCAACUACAAGAGACUGGGAGACACAGAGGAGUUGCACCACUGUGUGUCCAGGAAGAUGUACCAGCAGUCCGAGGGCUGUAGGCUGAGAGUGGUGCACCCUGGGAACUACACUGUGAGGAUCCGAGCCACGUCGCUGGCAGGAAACGGCUCCUGGACCGACCCCACACACUUCUACGUACAGGACCUCCGGGUGGACCCAUCCAACCUAUUGAUUAUCAUUGGUCCAGUCAUCUUCAUAGUUCUACUGAUACUGGUGGCAGCGGGAGGAUUCGUCAUGUUCAGGAAGAAGCAAACCCAGGGCCCCUCUGGACCCCUCUACACCUCUUCUAACCCAGAGUACCUCAGUGCUGCUGACAUGUACGAGCCAGAUGACUGGGAGGUGGGCAGGGAUAAGAUUAACAUCCUACGAGAGCUGGGUCAGGGCUCGUUCGGCAUGGUCUACGAGGGCAUCGCCAAGGACAUCGUGAAGGGAGAGCCAGAGACGCAUGUGGCAGUGAAGACGGUCAACGAGUCGGCCAGUCUGAGAGAGAGGAUAGAGUUCCUCAACGAGGCCUCCGUCAUGAAGGGCUUCACCUGUCACCAUGUGGUGCGUCUGAUGGGUGUGGUCUCUAAGGGCCAGCCCACUCUAGUUGUCAUGGAGCUGAUGACCCAUGGCGACCUGAAGAGCUACCUGCGCUGCCUCCGCCCCGACUCUGAGAAUAACCCUACUGGGAGCCCGCCCCCCACGCUGAGGGAGAUGGUCCAGAUGACAGCAGAGAUAGCAGACGGCAUGGCCUACCUCAACGCCAAGAAGUUUGUCCACAGAGACCUGGCCGCUAGGAACUGCAUGGUGGCGCAGGACUUCACUGUCAAGAUAGGAGACUUUGGUAUGACCAGAGACAUCUAUGAGACGGACUACUACCGUAAGGGAGGGAAGGGUCUUCUUCCUGUCCGCUGGAUGGCUCCUGAGUCUCUAAAGGAUGGAGUGUUCACCGCACACUCUGACUGCUGGUCAUUUGGGGUGGUGUUGUGGGAGAUCAGUACCCUAGCAGAGCAGCCGUACCAGGGCCUGUCUAACGAGCAGGUCCUGAAGUUCGUCAUGGAUGGAGGAUAUCUGGACCGACCAGACAACUGUGCUGACCGGCUACACAAUCUGAUGUCAAUGUGCUGGCAGUACAACCCCAAGCUGCGUCCCAGCUUCCAGGAGAUCAUUGAGAUGCUCCACAAGGACCUUCACCAGUCCUUCCAGGAGGUCUCCUUCUACUAUAGCCAGGAGAACAAGCCUCCGGAGCAGGAGGACUUUGACCUGGACAUGGACAACAUGGAGAGCAUUCCCCUCGACCCAUCCUCUUACUCCCAGAGAGGGGACCACAGUUCCUCUUACUCCCAGAGAGGGGACCACAGUUCCUCUUACUCCCAGAGAGGGGACCACAGUUCCUCCUACUCCCAGAGAGGGGACCACAGCUCUGAGCGGGACGAGGCGGGUUCGUCACUGGGGUUGAGACAAAACAACUACGAGGAACACAUCCCGUACACACACAUGAACGGGGGAAAGACUAACGGACAACAGACACUAGCCCUCCCUCGGUCUAGUCCCUCCUAACAGAACAUUUAAAUGGGGGUAAGGGUCUAGUCCAGGGGUUUGCAACUCCAGUCCUCUGGGGCCUGAUUGGUGUCAUACUUUUUCUCCAUCCUAUCAAACACAGCUGAUUAAUCAAAUUGCGUUCUAAACUGAAGAUCAUGAUUCGUUGAUUAUUGGAGUCAGGUGUGUUAGCUGGGGCAAAACUUUGACACCUAUCAGGCCCACGAGGACUGGAAUUGCCCACCCUCGGUCUAGUCCCUCCUAACAGAACAUUAUAUUGGGUAAGGGUCUAGUCCCUCCUAACAGAACAUUAUAUGGGGUAAGGGUCUAUCUAGUCCCACCUAACAGAACAUUAUAUGGGGUAAGGGUCUAUCUAGUCCCACCUAACAGAACAUUAUAUUGGGGUACGGAUCUAGUCCCCCUAACAGAACAUUUAAAUGGGGUACGGGUCUAGUCCCCCUAACAGAACAUUUAAAUGGGGUAAGGGUCUAGUCCCUCCUAACAGAACAUUAUAUUGGGUAAGGGUCUAGUCCCUCCUAACAGAACAUUAUAUUGGGUAAGGGUCUAGUCCCCCUAACAGAACAUUAUAUUGGGUAAGGGUCUAGUCCCUCCUAACAGAACAUUAUAUUGGGUAAGGGUCUAGUCCCUCCUAACAGAACAUUAUAUUGGGUAAGGAUCUAGUCCCUCCUAACAGAACAUUAUAUUGGGUAAGGGUCUAGUCCCUCCUAACAGAACAUUAUAUUGGGUAAGGGUCUAGUCCCUCCUAACAGAACAUUUAAAUGGGGUAAGGGUCUAGUCCCUCCUAACAGAACAUUAUAUUGGGUAAGGGUCUAGUCCCUCCUAACAGAACAUUAUCCCCAUGUCUUUCUCUCACACAGAUGAAUUGAUAUGAAUAUAGUUUUGUUGUUUUGUAUAGAUGAUCACUUUUUUCACUUGUUCAGAGGCCUCCUGGAAGUACACAUCUCAAGGACAUUGUUGCUCUCUGUUGUCAAGAUGCCACCCUCAUUUCACUACAGUAUGUAGCCAUGUUGUCCAAUGUCAACCAGGAGAGAACAUACAACCAACCACACGUACACUUUUUGUAUUCAAGAAAGACGAACCUCCCUCUCUACUGCUUCUCUCUUGUCCUCAAUCUUUUUUUUUCCUUUUUUUAAUAUUGCCAAGUUUCCACGAAUGUGUGGCGGAGGUAGAAAUCAACUGUGAAAAUAAUUAAACUUUGGGUCAACCUGAAGGCUGCUAACCCCAGGACUUUCCAGACUGUCCCUUCCCCAAGCUGAGGCUCUCUCCCUGGGCAGCUCAGCCCUCGCUGGGUCCCUAGGUCUCCCUGGGCCAUGGAGGUCCCCCAUGGUGUCGCUCAGUGUAAAAGUGCCCUUUUAUCUCUGUCUGUAACCUGCAUCUUAUGUCACGGAGCUGUGUGUCUGUCUGUGACCUGCAUCUAAUGUCAUGGAGCUGUGUGUCUGUCUGUGACCUGCAUCGAAUGUCAUGGAGCUGUGUCUGUCUGUGACCUGCAUCGAAUGUCAUGGAGCUGUGUCUGUCUGUGACCUGCAUCUAAUGUCAUGGAGCUGUGUGUCUGUCUGUGACCUGCAUCUAAUGUCAUGGAGCUGUGUGUCUGUCUGUGACCUGCAUCGAAUGUCAUGGAGCUGUGUCUGUCUGUGACCUGCAUCGAAUGUCAUGGAGCUGUGUCUCUGUCUCUUUGUACUCUCAAGUUGUCAAGGAACGACAGACUUUCUGAGACUUGAGAACUAGCUAACUUUUGGAUUGAUGAAUAUGUGUCAAAUCCAUUUUCGAAUCUUCGAACAAACUUUAUCGAUCCACUGGAGAAGCUUGUUGUCAUCUCUCCUCACACUCUGCAGUAUUACAAACAUCACAAAGAAUUAACAUAUUUCUUUGGUUAUAUUUUUUUUAUUUAUUUAGGUUUCAUUUUCUCAUUUUGAGUUUUCACAUUUACAGCUGAAGGAUAUUUAAAAAAUCUGAGGGGGGGGGAAAAAACAUUUUUACAAAAAAAAGAGUUCCUCAGAUGACCAAUAGAUGCUUCUUUUGGUAUAUUUUAGUGGGUAUAGAAAAUAUAAAUAUAUAUAAAUAUAUUAUUGAUGGUUUUUUUCUACAUAGUUGUUGACAUUGUGUUUCAUGAGGUAUUUCCGGUCUGUUUACAUGUUUGUCUUUUAUGUUUAUUGUUUCUAAUCCAGAAAUCAUACUAAUAAUCAUUUGGACUUGUGAUCGACCAGCAGCACUUGGUCUUUCCUCUCUGUAUCAGAUGCACAGUAGGAGGAGGAGGAGCUUGGCCCGUUGAUAUCAAACUGUCUGCUCUAGAUAAAUAAAGCAGUGUGGUGCAACAUGACAAC